CGAACACUUGCCGCGUAAGUUUUCCAACUCCCCCCAUUGACCUUUCGCACUUUCACAAACUCCGUAUAUAUAUAAUGGAUACACUCUCUCUUUGAUCUUCACCCACUUCAUCAUUUUACAAACCAAGCAAGACUAAUCCAACAAAAAAAUAGUCCACAAAAAGAUUUUUACAGAUGGCGAUUAACAGAUCUUUACUUUUGAUUCUUCUUUUCAUCUCUGUUUCUCUAUCGACGGCGAGGAUCUUACCCGGAGAGUUUGUUCCAGUCAUCUUCUCCGGAGAGAUCCCUCCUGUUUCUAAGUCGGCGGUGGUUGGUUGCGGAGGCGAGCAGGAGACCAAGACGGAAUAUUCUUCUUUUGUUCCUGAAGUUGUCGCCGGAAAGUUCGGGUCCUUGGUGUUGAAUGCUCUUCCGAAAGGGAGUCGUCCGGGGUCUGGACCCAGCAAGAAAACUAACGACGUCAAGACUUAGCACUAUUCUUUCUAGAGUUUUCUGUCCUAAUUCUUACUUCUUUCUUUUUUUGUUCUUUAGAGAUUCUUUGAUUUUUCGUUUUCAAAUAGAGAUUAUUGUAAAUGUUACAUGUAUUACAGAAAUUUACAGUAGAAGUUUAGGAAAAAUGAGGAUUUUAUUUGGUAAUGUAAGUCGAAAUGAUCAAGACUUAGACUAUCAUCUUGUAUCGUUUCAUCAAUAUUUCUUUGAUAAACGUUAAUCAGCUUUUUAAUUUCUAUGAUUAUGUAUCAAUUUUAUUUAGACUAAGAAAGUCUUUUAAGUUAAACGCAUAAAAGAGUCAAGGAUACCAUUUGAAUUGACAUUGUAUUAGUGUUUGGGUAACUUCCAAGAAAGAGAUAAAAUUAAA